AUGAGCGUUCAGAACAAUCCGGCUUUACAUUUACCGGCGCGCCCGCUGCCUCCUCGGGCUACCCGCACUGCCCAGAUGCCAAUGGCUGGUGGUGAUGAGCAGAUGAGGUUGAUCGACAUCUGUGCCAGGGGCAAAUCGCUCUAUGAGCUUUACUUGCAGCUCCCCAAGUUGGCGAGUGACCUGGAGAACGAUGAAGUGCUCCAGGAGCACAGCUUCAGUGUUGAGUCCACCAUCGAGGCCAUCAAGUACAGGAGCUGGACUAUGUUUGAGCUGAUGCACAGCAUGUCUCCCAGGGUCAUCAGGUCCAUUGUGGCGGGCACAGUCGCCCAUGAUGACCAGACGGGAAAGUUCAACAGCUACGAUACACCGAAUAAGCAUAGCAGCGCUAAUGUUCCUGGCGUCUAUGUUAUCGGUCUGAGCCGCUACGGCGAAGACGGUAAAUUCCUCAAUAUCAGAGAAAUGGAACUCUUGAUCCGGGGAAUUGAGAAGUACAUAGCUGGAUAUCACGCCUAUGUCAAGUUCCAGAACCUUGCUGCAGGCGCUGGGCUUUCCGAUGCGGAAAACGAUGCUUUGAGACACCUCAGACGCGUCGAUGAGAAGGCGGGGGGUAAGGAAUCACGAACCCCAGUUUUCAUUGACAAGGAAGAAAGGGUUCCAAGAAUUGAGGCCCUACUCGAAACAUUGAGGUCUAUGUGCGAUCCCACUUUGGAUCCUACCAAGUUAGUCAGGAUUGAACAAUCGCCUCUCUAUGUAGGCUGCUCUCAGAACCUUGAAAAGCGCAUGGGGACCUAUGGGACGAAUUGUCUCAAGGAUAUCAACAAGCCUCUGGGGCUCACUGUAGCCAUUAUGCGGUCCCUGAAGCUUCCUGUUAAGCUUCACGUCCGCAACGUGAUACGUACCUGGAAACCAUCACAGCUACCUGUUGCUGAACAGCUCGUUACGUGUCUAGCGAGUUCACUUGUCUACCAGCGCGGCUUCAAUUCCACCGAGGCGGGAGGAACUGGGGUUAGAAUUGGACCCAAUUCAGAUUGGGAUUGCCAGAAGAAUCUUUUGCAUGUCAUGUCUACUAGGACAAUCUUCAAGCAGAAUCUUGGAAUGAGUCUUGAGGACCUCCGCAAUCGGAAGGAAUUUAUAGACGAGCUUGCUAAGAUUCGCGGGACUAUUCCACAGAUCCAAGCAACAAUGGAAGAAUGUCAGGUACAGCUAAGAAAUCUUCCUGUUGAAUUUCGCUGGAAUACUACAACUGCAAGGCUAGAGCAACUUCUUCAGAAGUUAAGGAAAGAGCUAGAGGAUAAGAAGAAAGUCUUACAGUUCUGGAAUCUUAUAAGCGAGAUUCAAGUACUAGCUAGAAACUUAUCCUAA